AUGGUCAAGUACCGUCUGGCUAGUCUUCCAAGGCUGGACCGAAAGAUCCGGAAAUGUCAAAUGCCCAUGUCACUCUUCAAUCCUCAAUGUACGGGCUAUUGGGACGCUUCUUUCGAGAUCAACAACAACCAAGUCCAAUGGAAGGCCAAACCUGAUCCUAACACCAUCCUUUACAACUACAUGCUGCCCCCCGAUCAUAUGACCAGAUGUGUCAUACCAUUGUUUGCGGCACGCGGCCUGCUGGCAGACCUUGAGCUCCGCGUGGCCACGAAGCUGAGCCACGAGUAUCAAGACUCUAGGCAACACCUCAGUGCUAUGCUAGAUUAUGACAUGCGUUGCUGCAUCCUCUUUCUGGCUCGCAAACGGCCCGACCUCCAGCCAUUCGAAGUAUUGUGGUGCGCUGUAAGUGGGGUUCUGAAGGUGCACAAACCCUCGUUCGACAGAUACAUUCAGGCACCCGCAAAGAUUCGCCAAAGGGUCAGGCGAGACGGAAUAGCAGCGUUUCAGAGAAUGAUAAAGGCUCCAGAUUUCGUCCAAGUUGACAAAUCCCUUUGGAACGCGAUGAGGGUGCUUGAGAUCUAUACUAGACCUCUGGUUACAGGCGAAAAUGCAUACCUCUGGAUCGAUUCUUUCCGUCUUGAGAACAUUGACGUCAUCUACGAUUUACGCCUAGAUGGCGCGAAAGCUCGAAAGAAAUUGUUCGAUUACCUCGAAGAGAGGCAUCCUGGUGGCGAAUCCAUAUGGCACAGCCUCGUCCAGAACUUCCACAGCCACGAUGUAAUCAAAUUUCCAGAGUACGCUACUCGACCACGCUCAGUGGAAACCAUCUUUACCUGGGUAGAGUUCUUCACAGAAGCUCGACAGGGUGUUAUACUAAAAGAGAUGGACUUCGUCGGAUAUGACCCCGUUGAAGGACAUGAGCAAAAGAAGCCGAAAAAGAAGAAGUCGAGGAAGCGCAAAGGUGCCAAAUCGGAGGAGCAGCCGACUUUGCUAGAGCAGUCUAACGAGAAGGAGUCACCUGUUUCGAAGGAGGACUCUGCACCUCAAGACCAUCCUGUGUCUCAUGAACGACCUCCACUGAAGGACGAAACGACAUCUCUGAAGGAGCCUGUCACUCAAGAACAACACACAUCCCUAGAGCAAGCUAUAGGCCAGGAAGAGCCCCAGACCAAAAAGCAGCGCUUAUCUCGAAAGCUAUCGACUACGCCUUCACCUUGUGUACCUACACCCCUUUCAACGCUGGAAGAGUCGGAGGAGGAAAGGGAGCAGAAGCUGUCAACAGAGCAGUUAAAGAAGCAGAGGAAGAAGCAGGCGAGGUGGGAGAAGAAACAUGGCAAGACAGGAAAAUCCGACGCUACUAAGCAGGCGUCCUCAACCACGGUGAAGGAGUCAUUGCCAUCCGUCACCGCGAAGACCGGUGAUGGUGGUGACAGUGUCACUGGGAACGCUGAUAAGGAUAGCGACAGUGCCAUCGACAACAGUCACGACCGUGAUGGCACCAGUGUUAUCAACGCCGGCGGUGAACUUGAUGGUCACUUGUCUGCGGCCGAUUCGAUUCCUAACGAUGAAGCGCCUACCAAUCAAGAGACGGUUCAAGAGCUUCCAAGCAACAGGUACGAAGUUUUGAUGGCCAAGCCGUCGAAACCCGCUGGGAAGUCAGCCCGAAAGCUAGCUUUCCAUGCUGAUAGUGAAGAUGACAUGAAGAAGGCCAUGGAGGAGAGUCUUCUGAAUGACCCGGGUAGCUGGUCAAAGGUGCAAGGGCGCGCGAAACUGCGACCAAAACAGAAGCAGAAACAGCGCACCGACGAUCGCAAGAGUAUCCAAGAUGCAUACAGAGAGAAAGGCUAUGCAUCUGCUGUUACGAAUGUAGAGCCGGCUGCGAAAAGAGCUGAAGUGCAAUCGGCAAAGCCAUGGGUGGACUAUGCAGAACCAUGGGUGGACCAUACAAAAUCUCAACCAACAAGAUUGUCUGCUCUAAUUCCUGGUGAGAGCAGCUCCGAACCAAUCAAAGAACUCAACAGUACCGCUCGUGGGCAGCCUACAUCCUGGUCAGCGCUUUUCAAGUCUACGGAGAAUGACACAGGGCGCAAAUCCCCUCAAGAAGCCGCUCCGUCUACGAAUGCUAUCGACACGCAACCGCGUACCGCAACUGCCACGGAAGAUUGUGAACCCAUCCAGGAGAGUGCACAAUCUGCGAGCCCUCACAUUCUUGCGCAAUCAGAACCACCCGUAAGGCAAGAGCAAUUCAAGAACUUAAAGCCGUCCAAGGUUGUUGCCGGCGCGGCAUCGUCUCCCACAUCAGGCACAGAGGACAGCGAGUCCAUCAAGGAGACCGUACGGCCUGCGAGCCAUCACACCACUAUGCAAUCAGAACUACCAGUUGUUCAAGAGAGUCCCAGGGAUUUGGAGCCGUCCAAGGUCGUUGCGGGCGCAGGAACGACCUCCACAUCAGGCACAGAGAAGAGCGGUUCUACCAAGGAGACUGUACAGCCUGUAGAUUCUCAGAGCAUUGCGCAACAAGAACUUCCCCCAGAUAGGAGGGCAUCCGGGGACUUUACGCCUCCUGAAGAUGCUGCGGGUGCGGGAUCAACUUCCACAUCCGGCACAGAGAACAGCGGUCCGAUCAAGGAGACGUUACUGACUGCAGACCCUCGAGACAUUGCGCAAUCGGAACAUCCGACAGAGAAGGAGAAACCCAUGGACCUCGCGCCAUGCGAAGAUGCUGCUGGUGCAAAAUCAACUCCUGCACCCAGCGCAAAGAACGAAAGCUCCACCACAGAGAUCGCACAAACUGUCGGCUCUCACUCAUUUGCGCAAACAAGGAUACCGAUGGAUGAGGAGGCUCGCGAACCUCGCCACCGUCGUAAGGCCAGCUCGCCGCCACCUUUGAGUUCUCACGCUCCUUUGCAACCGCAAUUGCUGGUGGAUGAAGAGGCACCCGGAUAUCACCACAGUCAUGAAGACGGUUCGCCGCCACCUGCGAGUCCUCACGCUCAUGCGCAAUCGCAGCCGCCGGUGGAUGAAGAGGAGCCCAAGGACGAAAACGGCCAUGAGGACCACACAGAAUCACUUCCCGAAGAUGAUACCGCAAGCCAGCCAUCGACCGUGGUCGACUCGGCCAUGUCGCAUGUGGAGCAGUGGCUUGCGAGCAAAUAUGCGGCUGCCUUUGCCGGGCUCACGCAAGCGGAAAUAGACAAUGCGCACUGGCGACCUCAGCAGUCAACAUCGAUCUAG